AUGACCCGCGCACCAGUGACCAUCGGCCUGACGGACGAUAGACGCGGCCGGUGUGGCAAGCGUAAAGCGGUCAACGGCCAGACGGUGACGGAAUCGCAAGAAGGGGAAGACAUGGAAACGAGACAGAAAGAGAGUAUCGACGCCAGGGUAGGCGACAUUGGAUUGACGAUGGACGGCUGGCGUGCGACGAAGCGGGAGGAUUCCGCGUGA